AUGACAUUCCAUUGGGUGGGUGGAUCAGCAUCCAUCGCUGUGCGAACAGUGCGUGGCACUCUGGGAACGAGAAGACUCUUCCAUCACCUAUCGGCAUUGAAUGGGUCACAUCUAGUCUCCAAGCCCACCAUUCCACAAGAACCGACUUCCCAUUCCAGCAACGGUGAUGUCCGUCAGUUUGCCUCUGCCAGAGAGGCAGCGUUCAAAAAGGAUGAGGCAGCAACACCGUCGCCUGCAGAACUGACUUUUUCAACUCCCCAAGUCAAGGAAUUGUACGAGCGAAUGAUUCAAUUGGAACGAGACCAAGUAUCCUUGGUGGGAGAGAUGGUUUUGGGGACGUUGCGUAUGCCGGUGGAACAAGACGAGUUCUACUAUCAUGGAAUUGGCAAGAGUGGUGGCAGAGGUGGUGCUGGAGCAGCUGCCCCAGUGGAAGUGGUGGAAGCGGUCAAAAAAGGACAAAUUUGA